AUUCUUCAACUUCUCCAUCGCUGAUUCUGCUAUUCAAUCCUAUUUGCUGUCACAUCACAAAGCUGUAGUCCUAUGCGCCCACUCUCCUGAAGAUAAAGGAGGUUGCGACGAGGCCUCACCCAUUUCAGCUGGUCUGGUCCCUUGAGGCGGCACAAAGAGAGUUACGUUUACAGCGACGACAUCGUACAAGCUCAUUCUUGGCUUCUAUUGCAACUCGACGCAUCUGCCACUCUAUGCAGCAUACGAUAACAUCGAUCGCUUCCCCAUGACCCGGCGCAUCUGCUGCGAGAAGUCUAGGUAGCUACCGACCUGAUGUCGUUCACCAUGGAGAGAUCGGAGUCUCCUCCGAGGAACGGGCUGUCCCAGAUGUUCUCCAAAUCGCGCAGAGACAAGAAAGGCAAGGAUUCGAACUCGACAAAGAGCAGCGGCAGCGAUGGUCUAGGUGUUCGAGCAUCGAUCGAAGACGCAGUUGAUAAGCUCAAAGGGAACAAGGACGGCGAGGACGAUAACGAAUCCAAUGGCAUCAAGAAGCUUGUGUCAAAAGGUAUUGGAGCCAAGAGGCGGCAGAAGAAACAGGAGAGGGAAGAAGAACUGCGAUUGUCGGAAGAUGCAGCUCGUGGGAGGAGUGUUGCAGAGAGAGGGACCUUGGAGAACGAUGUUCCCAGCCUGGUGCAUCAGAGCAGCUCUGGGGAUGGCAGCAGUUUGAUCACAUAUGAUUCAGAAACCGAAUCACCACUCGAAGCACCUCCUCUUCAAACGCAUCCGUCGCACAUUGGAUACCUCACCACUUCCUCCCCUCUCGUUCAUUCUACCACAGUGCCAGAAAUCAGCUUGACUGAAGCGCAGCUCGACGGCGCGCCUACACCUCGAGCCUCGACCUUCCCUGUACAUCUGAACGCCCUGGCUGCCUCAGCAUCAGCUCCGUCACUCGUUGACACAACCCUCCAAGCUCCCACGAACGGCUCCGAAAAACGAAGCCCCUCGCCCGUUGGCAGAUUAAAGAAGGCUCUGACAUCCAGGCGGGGUCCAAGUCCGAACACAAGUCCUGAGAGGAAAACUGGAGGGGGAGGGGUGGCAGGCCUGAAGGAGUUGGAGAGGCCUGCAACAGCGGUGGAGAGUAGACGUGGAAGUGUUGCAUCGAGGAUUGGUUCCAUAUUCCCUGAACGACAAUCUUCACCACAGCCAUCAACUGUGUCUUCUCCAGAACGACCACAAACUGUCAAAGUUCAAACAAUCGAUACCAGCGCUCCACCAAGUACACCACCUGCAUCCGAGAUACCCGCUCCGAUUAUCGUGAAUACCCCCCCUACUCCUACCGACUCGAGCUCCCCUCGAUUUCCUCCUGUUCGAGACCGUGGCACUUCAGACCCGGUAACCUCAAAUUCCAAUGUUGUCACAUCCCCAUCGGGGAACAUGAUAUCACAUAGAAGAAUACGAUCAGGAUCUGCCACGCUAGGUCCAAGUAAACUAUCAAAUAUCACUUCCGCUCCUUUGACACCGACUUUGGAGAGUGGCGCCACUACGCCAAGCUCUGGAGGUUUCUUUUCAACUGUAUUUUCCGCAGCGCAAAACGCAGCAAACACAUUAAGCAACAGCAUUGCAAACACAUCAGUUGCCCCUGGCAAUAGGGCUAAGAGUGGCACACAAGACAUCAAGGAGGUCGAGAGCCCAGUGGUGGAAACAUUUGCAGAGAAAUCUGAGUCUGACGAUCCAGCGGAAGAGAAAGAACUUGCUGUUAAGACGUUAGGUAUGGGUGACCUCAGUUUAAGCGCCUUAGGCAUUUCGGAGAGCAGCAGUGGGACAGAUACGCCUGUCCCAUCUAAGCCAAUGGAGGAGACGAGAGGAAGAUCGGAAUCAACUAACGAUGAAAAUCGAUCAAUCGCCGGUCUAUCUGCGCCGAAUCAAGAUAACGACGGUGUCUCUGCGUCUGUUGACGAUCUUCAGCCUCUUGUGCGACCUCGAUCGAUAUAUGAACCUGCCACAGGAGAACAGACACCCCCAAAUGGAAGCGUAUUUGAAGGGAAGACUGGCAUUCACAGAAGUGGCAGCAUACGAAGCGCGAUUGGCAACCGCAGGAAGCGCGGUAGUUCUGCAGCUACUGGAACAACGAUUGGAGCUGCAAUUGCUGCUGCGAACACUUCACUUGCAAACCCACAUGCAGGUACACCAAAGAUUACUGGGUUUGCAGUAGCAAGCAAGAAGCGAAACCGCGACUUCCAUCAGCUAUUCCGAAGUGUACCUGACGAUGAUUACCUUAUUGAAGACUACAGUUGUGCAUUGCAACGAGAGAUCUUAGCUCAUGGACGACUGUAUGUUUCUGAAGGUCAUCUCUGCUUCAGCAGUAAUAUCUUUGGGUGGGUCACAACUUUGGUCAUGAGCUUUGAUGAAAUCGUAUCUGUUGAGAAGCGAAGCACUGCACUGGUGUUUAAGAAUGGUCUUAUGAUUUCUACUCUACAUGCGAAAAACAUUUUCGCUAGUUUCACUAGUCGAGACUCAACGUAUGAUCUGAUUGUUGGUAUCUGGAAGCUAGGUCACCCCAGUCUCCGAAGCUCUUUGAAUGGAGUGAGAAUCGAGGAGACUGGCGGGGGUGACAAGACUGAAAAGGAUGAUGGAUUACCAGUCCCCGGGAGCCAAAGUGGUUCAGAAUCUGAGAGUGAGGGGGAAGAUGGGGAUGAGAUUUACGAUGAAGACGAGGAAGACGAGGAUGGCAUGAGUUUCACUCAUGCUGAAGGGAGUGUGGCUGGUAGCGAUAUUGCUGAAAAGGUGGUGAGCCGCAAACCAUCAGCUGCUGUUGUACCCAACGGAACCGCGAGCGAAAAGAGUCCAGAUGGCGCUACAAGCCCGGCUGGUGAUUUCCCUGGUCCUGCAACGCACGCACCGACAGAUUGUACCGACCAAGAGACUCAUUAUGCUAAAGUGAUUGGGGAUGACAUUAUCCCUGCACCACUUGGCAAAGUCUAUAGUCUCAUGUUUGGACCAGCAUCCGUCACAUGGAUGCGAAACUGGUUGACAGUGGAACAGAAGUGUCUGGAGCUGACCAUGGAAGAUAAACGGCCUCUUGGACUGGACAACAAGGUGCGAAAUUACUCGUACAUCAAACCCUUGAAUGGAGCCAUUGGACCCAAGCAGACAAAGUGUGUGUGCGUAGAGACUUUGGACUCGUUGGAUUAUGAAAAGGCAAUCUCUGUAACAAUCUCUACCCAGACUCCCGAUGUCCCAAGUGGCAAUGUUUUCAGCGUCAAGACCAAAUAUUGCCUCUCUUGGGCUGAAGGAAAUGCCACUAGAAUCCAGAUGAAUUGCGCCAUCGAAUGGACGGGCAAGAGUUGGCUGAAAGGUCCGAUCGAGAAAGGUGCGAAUGAUGGUCAGGUCCAGUAUGCAAAGGAUAUUGUUGCGUCCUUGAAAGCUGCUGUGUCGUCUCGCCGUGGUACAGUCAGUGCAGUCGUUGGUAAAGGUAAGAAGAAAGGUCGAAAGGGACGCCAAUCGAAUAGUCUUGCCAAGCAAACCGAUGGAGCCUCAGAGACCAAAUCUACUACCGAAGAUUGGGGACUUUUUGAGCCAGUGCAUGGCAUUCUUGGCCCGCUGUUCGAUAUUGUGAAGCCUCUACUUACUGGAAAUAUCCUUUACGGUCUCCUUGUGGGCUUGCUGGUUGCAAGUUGGUUUGGAUUCGGGUUCUCAGGCAAAGGCCGCGGACGCAAUGAUCUUGGCCUUACUUAUUUCGGUACGCCUGAGCGAGUGGCUGCGUAUGAGGAGAUUUGGAGACGCGAGGAGAGUCAGUUGUGGGAGUGGAUCGAAGACCGCGUCAGCAUGGAUCGUCUACGUGAUGUCAACAAAAUGCCCAUCGAAACACAAUCUAUCCAGGACAAGCUCAGGGACGAGAAGAUGGACGAGCGAGCAGUGGAUGCUGCGAUCAAAGUUACAGAGGAGAAGUUGAGGGUUCUGAAAGCCACGGUAGAGAAGAUGAAGCGGAAGGCCGAGACGGUCAAAACCAACGAGAAGGAGACGGCAUCGAAGCCUGAGCUAUAGCAUUAUGAUUGAUAUCUUGGGUGGACCGACUGUAAAUUUAGGUGUUCGGCGCUCGGUAGUUGGUAUAUUCUGGGUACGCAUAAGCAUAGCGGUAACGACGCAAAUACCAUUGUUUUGAUUGUUUAAAGAAUCAAUUC